AUGGCUCGCGUGCUGUUCUUCGCGCUCCCGUUCCUGGCUUCCGGAAGCCCAUCCCUCCGCGGCGACGGUGGAAGCGUCUAUGUGGACUCCGUGCAGUGCACCGGCAGCGGCACUUUGCCCACGGAACCGGUCUGCUUCAGUGGCAGCAUCUUAUUGGAGACCUUCGACAUUGAGGUGGUCAGCUAUGAUGGUAAGGUUGGCACUGUGAACUUGAAGGCCGAUGGGUCGCAAUCCGCCCAGUGCGAUGGCGCGCAGUUCGAGAACCAGGACAAUGCCAUCACCAUCGAGAACGAUCAGGGCUGUGGCCUCAGCAAGUACGACUACACUGUGAGGUACUGUCCGGACCAGGACUCACUGAUCGUGAACCUCGUGAAGCCCUUCAAUGUAAGGGUGGUGCUGAACAGCAAAUCAUGCUCGGCCGGAGAGGUUUGA